GUGAGAGACAAUGAACCUGGAUGCCUCCUGGAUCAGUCUCUUGCUUCACCAGCGUUUGGAUGGAACAAUCUGCGUGCUCUCAACCCGGCCUUGCCUCCCCCUCCUCCUGCCUCCCACCACCCUCUAGCCCCACCCCUUCAACCACAGCUUCCGGCACAAUCUUCUGGACUUAUCCCCCACUUCUGAGACCAGCCUCACAGCAGCUUGUGGAGAAGUCCUGCUCACUGCUAACCAUGAGCACCCAGAUCCAGCAGAGUUCUCCCGAGAUGGAAGCAGCGGCCAGCCGCCUGAUCAAACUGCACCUAGAGGUCUCAUCCACCUACGUCUCCCUGAGCGUUUACUUUGAAGGCAGUGGAAUGGCUAUGAAUGGUGUGGGCCGCUUCUUCAGGGUGUUGGCUAAGAAGAAGCAGGAGGGCGCCCAGCUUCUCUUGAAGAUGCGAAAGUCCUGGGGUAAUGGCGCCCUGGUCCAGAGUGGACAGACGUUGUCCCCAGAGAAGUGGAAUGCCAGCGUGGACGCCAUGGAGUACGCUGUGGCCCUGGAGAAAAGCCUGAACCAGGCGCUACUGGAUCUGCAUGCCCUGGGUCGUGCGAGCGCUGAUGUCCAGCUCUGCGAGUUCCUGGAGCGCCACUUCCUGGAGGACGAGAUGAUGCUCCUCAAGAAGAUGGGUGACCACCUGGCCAACCUGCGCAAGAUAACCAGCCCUGAGGCUGGGCUGCAGGCCGGGCUGGCCGAGUAUCUCUUCGAAAAGUUCUCCUUCCAGUGCGACUAGGAGCCUCCGAAGCCCGGCUGCCUCUGUGGGACCCCUCUGCCUCCCCUGGCCUUGAGAUCUCCGCUCCAGCCCUUCCUCCAGCCCGGACGCAACCUGAGCCAAGGCACCAAAUGGCAACAAAAAAGGUUCUUUUUGCAGAGGCGGGGAAAUAGGUUGUAAGAAAAGUAUUUGAAUAGCUGUGUAUAAUUUGUAGUCUGCUUAAUUCUCUAGAUUAUCUAAAGAAAUGGUUCCUAACUUGUGUGUAUCACCUGGGUACGUUGAGUAUCUGAUAAAAACCUGUGUUUUUCUCUGUCAAGAAGAUUCAGAAAUUGUUGAAGCAGCUAUUCUGGAAAUGUUGCAGAGAAUUUUAGGGGUUUCAGGACUUCUCUGGAGUCACUGGGGGACUGGGUUCAACUCUCUUGUUCUAAAAUGUAUCUGGCUUCGCCGAGCAGAAAGAAUGGAGUACCUGGACCGUAUUAUAUUGUGUUCCCCCCUCAACCCCCAGACUCGUGAUAAAAUCGUUUUUCCUGAUUUUCAAGUUGCUGUGAUGCCAUAUGCCUGUGUCGAAGAGGGAGCCCUGUGAAAUUCAUCUUUGUGUCUCCCAUUAGGUUGUUACUGAGAACGCUGAUUACAUCAUACACUGACCUCUUCAUGAAGCCUCUUAAGAGAAAUUUCUUUCUGGUCUUAAUAGUAGGAAUAACAGUGCUUCCCUUGGGUAAUUGGUUUGUUUUUGUUUUAUAGACACUAAAUGAUGUAACUAAUUAAGUUUCCUUUUCUGACUGCGUGCUAAAAAGGUUAGACCAAAAUUUGUGGUCCAUCCAGAGCAAACAAAUAGAACUGUAUAAGCAGUUUGCAUAGUUUCAUUUCUGAUUCUUCUGUUAUAAUUACUUAGUGUACUUUGUGGUUUCUUUCAAGCCACCUUAAACCCUUUCUGGAAGAAGGUUAUGUAUAAACAGGUAAAUAAAGUAAAUGUUAAAAUGCAGAUU